AUGGUUUCCGUCAAGAUCGCCACCUUUGCCGUGCUCGCGCUCGCCGCUGCCGAUGCCGUCGUCUCGACCAUUGUUGUCACCAAGCCUGUAAAUUCCACCACUGCUCACGGCGGCAAGCAGCUCACCGUUGAAUGGAACGAUGACGGCAAAUCGCCCAGGAGCCGCGACUGGGGCCGUGUCAACAUUUUCCUCGCCACGGGCUCGCGCGAUGUCCAGUUCAAGCUGCAGACGCUCGACAGGAACGUUUCCUACAGCAAGGGCUCGGGAUCUUACAAGAUCGACCCCACUUCGGGUCCCAACGGUGGCUACUACUUUAUCCGUUUCGAAGGCACCAACACCACCACCAACCCCAUCCCCGCCAUGGCCUUUUCCGCUCGCUUCACCCUAGACCAGAUGACCGGCAAUUUUAACCAGACCAUCAUGUCGACACUUCAAGGUGCAUCUGGCACCGGUCAACUCACCGCCGCCGCUGCCGCCGCCUCGGCCACCUCGUCUUCCCCUUCGUUCUACUCGUUUAGCACCACGCAGAGCCCCUUGGCUCUUGCCACUUCGCUGGGCUCAUCUGCCAACAGCGCCGCCUCUUCGUCAUCGACCAGUGUCAAGUCGACGUCGGAUGCGGCUCCUGCCGUCAACAGGCUCAGUGGCUACGCCAGCGCUCUCGUCGGUCUUGCCGCUGUCGGUGCUGCUUUCCUCUAA